AUGUUCGAUGUGAAUGCUAAAGCAGAUCGUAUAGUACCGGCGUUACCGUCUACCACUGGUAUUGAAUACCCGCGAGCCGCGUCCUGGGCGAGUGGUACCUUGCAGGAUGUGCUUUCAGAUGAUAAGGGUCGUCAAUUGUUCAAAGUGUUCCUACAUGACGCGUUAGCGGAGGAGAAUUUAAUAUUCAUUGAGUCGUACGAAGAUUUCAAGAACAUGAAA